AUGACAUCCCCUCCGACAGCCGACUUCGUCAACAUUGCCAACGAAACAAAGGCGGCGAAACUUUUCGCUCCGUGCAUGGUAGGUCCCAUCGAAGGCCAAUUUUUGAAGAUGGUCGCACAAAGUAAGAGUGACAAGAGGAUUCUUGACAUUGGAACAUUCACCGGAUACCCCGCACUGGCUUUUGCAGAUAGAAUUCCUUCAAUUGGAGAAGUCGUCACGAUUGAAGCAGACAACGCUGCAGCUGCUGUUGCUCGAAAAUGCUUUAAGAGUGCCCAGAAUGGCUACAAAGUGAAGCUGCUUGAGACAGAUGCGAGGAAGGCAGUAACCGACAUGGUCCAUACUGGAGAGCAAUUUGAUAUCGUAUUUUUGGAUGCAGAUAAGACCAACUACAGGCAUUAUUACGAAGCAGCUUUGAACUUGCUCAACGAGGACGACCUCAUCAUGGCUGGUAACGCGUUAUGCUCCCUUGUUUACGAAGAAAACGAUCCUGUCCGUCAAAGUUUGCAUGAGUUUGCGCAGUUUGUGAGAAAUGAUAAGCGUGUAGAACAACUGAUGUUGACUGUUCGCGAAGGUGUGCUCCUCGUCCGGAAAGUGUGAAAGUGCGAUUUUCGGUAGUAGUACUUGUUGUAGAACGAAAACUUUACUCCGAAAAUAUUGAAAGGAUUCGUUGAUACACGGUUCCGUCUCCCGUGUGAUGUAAAGUCAAAAUAUGGAAGAAGAUGGGCAGAAGAGAGAUCCUUCCAAUGCUGAUGAUGCUGAUGAUGCUGAUGUGCAGAUGACGAAAGAAUCAGAGGACCAACCGGAUGUGCAACUUAAAAGAACUGAAGACUGCACCUAAGGCGGUAGCCCCUAUCAUUCCUUCACAGACAACGUCUGCGAUGCUACCGCGACUCCAGAUAUUCCGAUGACAUCCAACGAGGAUGUCAGAACGGAGGGCGAUACCGGAGAAGCGAUGCAAGACGCGUCGGAAGGUCCAGAUGUCGUCGAGCCAAGCGUGGAUCCGACGACAAGUACGGGCGACUGGCGUGCUACAACUAGAAGGCACGAGGCAGCGAGGAGGAUCUGGAUUUGUACUGCGAUUGGUAUGGGCGCAGCGUGUUGCUCACGCCGGAAGACAUGGUCCGAAGCGGGGGGAAGGGGUGCGUUGAGUUUGACGUUGCGACGAGCCAUUAUGUUUUCUGAAGACAAGAAUGUCGUCAUGGGAAUGCUACUGUCGAACAGAGGGAGCCCGCGAAGGCGAUGGCAUCGAUGAUGCAUUAUCAUCAAAUAUUAUGUUGGGGACGAGCGGUGUAGGUCGGUGGCGGGUUCGGGCGGAGGAUGUCUGGAGGUUGGUAGCGUGCAGUGAUGUAGAUAGUAGGCGGUGAUGCAGAUAGUAGAACGAUGUAAAUGGGAGCGGUUAAGAA